GGACAAAACUGCUUGGUCAGCUGUCACGGCGCGCGAAAGAUCAAAAUUUCAAUUCGUUUUGUAUGGAACAGGCGGGAGGAAGAGGAAUAUUUCGGCUAAAUGCUUUGCCAGUGUGCUUUAAAACUCUAAAAUAGCCUUUGCUACGCAUAUAUUAACUUAUCGGCGACGUCUCUGGUUGUUGAGAAUCGAUGAAGCGUUGUCUUUAUUGGUUUGUUUUCCAAAAGAGCGUAAUCUAGCAACGGACAAAGAUGAGUCUGGUUCUUUCUGAACACCAGGCAGAUGGGCUCCCAGGUGUAGCUCAAACAGCAACAGAGAGUGAUUCAGACAGCGGGAUGGGCUCUCCAGCAGAGGAGGUGGCUACAGAGAAAAACAACAAUAGAGAAGAGCUUCCAGAUUCUGAUGAAGAUGAAGACAUCACAGUUCACAGAAAGCCUCAUCGAAAUGCCAUUAGAGACAGCGAUAGUGAGGAAGAGGAGGCAGCGGCAGGGAACAGUGUACAUAGGGCUGAAGUGCAGGUCUUACCUGCUUCCAUUGAAGAGGAGAUGGAGAAUGGAGAGGUAGAAGAGAGACAUGACAGGAGAGAAAAGGGCAGGCAGAAGAGCAAGAGAAUAAGCCGGGCUCCCACUGACAGCGAAGACGGUGAACCUGAGCAAGAGAAAGGUGGAGAAAUGGAGGACCAACAGGAGGUGAUGAAGAAGGAAGCAAAAUUGCUGAAGGAAUGGAAGAAGAGGGAGAAGAGCCACAGGCAUCGGGAGAAGAAGGAGAAGCAUAGCAAGGCGAUGGAAAAACUGAAGAAGAAGGAGAGAUUCUCUGAAAUUACAGAGGACAUACCUCUCCCUCGGGCCCUGAAUGACAGUGGAUGUCUGCUGGGCGACACAGACCUGUAUAUACACAGUACAUGA